GUACUUGGGAGAAUGGACGAGACCUGUGAAAUGAAAUACAAAGUAAUGGACAGCCCUCUGGGGAAGAUGGAGAUCUCUGGUUGUGAGCAGGGUCUGCAUGGGAUAAAGCUGCAUGGCGGGAAGACCCCAGACACUGGGCCGGCGGAGGCCGCCACUCCCGCUGAGCAGCUCGGAGGUCCCGGGGCAGUGCCGGAGCCCCUGCUGCAGUGCGCGGCCUGGCUGGAUGCCUAUUUCCGCGAGCCCGCGGUCCUCAAGGGGCUCCCCGUGCCUGCGCUGCACCAUCCCAUCUUCCAGAAAGAGUCAUUCACCAGACAGGUGUUAUGGAAGCUGCUGAAGCUUGUGAAAUUCGGAGAAACGGUUUCUUACCAGCAAUUAGCAGCCCUGGCGGGCAACCCCAGAGCAGCGCGGGCCGUGGGAGGAGCCAUGAGGAGCAACCCUAUCCCCAUCCUCAUCCCGUGCCAUCGAGUGGUCUGCAGCAGCGGGGCCGUGGGCAACUACUCUGGAGGCGUGGGCGUGAAGGAGUGGCUGCUGGCCCACGAGGGCAGUCCCGUGGGGAAAGCAGCCCGUGGAGGGGGCUCCCGUGCCACCGGAUCCUGGCGCGGGGCCCUGGGUGGCACCGCCAGCUCCCAGCCCACUGGCCGAGACUGAGUGUGCAGUGAGCAGCUUGCUGGGCGUGGGAGGUGAGAAAAUGGGAGCCUGGCCAACGUGAGGACGACUGCCCUGCAAGGAAGAGGCAUCUGGUGCCCGCCAGGAACCGCUGGCUGCCUCGGACACCAUGGCGGUACCCAGAGCCAGCCGGCCCCGGACCCCCGGACCCUCAUGCAGGCCUAUCCUCAGCAAGUUGGCCUGCCUGCAGCGUGCUCCAUGCCUGCGCUUUUCUCUCAGCUGCCAAAGCUUCUGGGAUGAUGCUACUGAAGGAACAGGGGCAGCCCUGAAAAGACAUGCUUACUCAGAGACUCCAGCUUUAUCUUCCCAGCUGCCAGAAGGCUAAUGCAUUUGGGGUCGCGUCAGCGGAAUAGAAAAUAGCCACUUGCCAGAAUAAUUUGGGAGAACAAACAGCUCUUUGUGCCUGAGGUAGCCCCUCCUGAGGAGUGCAGUUUCACGCAGCCGGUCUCUCACCACUCCUGGCCUGAGUUCUCUCGGGACUCAGGGCGAUUAGGGAUGCCGGCCUCUCCUUCCUGACCAGCGACCUAGAGCCUGGAAGUCCGGCCGCCUGCGAGGUGGGUCCACUCCGGUCAUGGUGCGGGUGGGGAGUGUGUCCCGCACCUGCUGUGCACACCAUCUAACACGUGAGUGCCAUGGCGUCAUCUUAGCUUCACCACCAGCCUAAUCCAGAAAGCAUCAGGGAAGCUUGUGGCUAUAUAUGUGGAUGAAUAAAAUGGAGCAUAUGAUGGAUGGAGGAAAUAAACGGUGCUUGGCUGGGCAAUAGAAA